CCGCGCCAUGGAGCCGCCGCAGGGAGGUCCGCCCGCCGCCGCGCCGGCCGCGCGCCCGCUCGUCAACCCCGACGAGUACGGCGAGGUCGACACUUCCAGGUACCCGGCUCCGAAGGAUGCCACGAACAAGGUGCGCGGCCGCAGCGACCUGCUGGAGCUGAUGUGUGGCGCGGGUGCCGUGGACCCGGAGCUGCUCACCGUCAAGACUUUCUACUUCUUCUUCUACUCGGCGUUCGGCUCAUUGUUCCCGCUGAUGGGCGUGUACUUCAAGCAGAUGGGUAUGAACGCGGGCCAGUGCGGCUUGCUCAUUGGCACGCGGCCCUUCGUGGAGUUCCUGUCGGCGCCCUUCUGGGGUGGCCUCGCCGACCGCUGGCAAAAGGGGCGCACGCUGUUACUGGCGUCGCUCGGCGCCUGGAUCGUGUUUACGCUGCCGCUGAGCUGGGUGCAGCCAGGGGCCGUGUCCUGCGUGCACCCGCUGAACGCGACCGCCUACAACCUGACGGAGCCGCGCUACGACGAGGAUUGGCCCAGCAGCACCACGCGCGCCUUCCGCGGGCCGCCCGGCGCCGGCCGCGAGGGCUCGCCGCUGCCUGUCAGCGACGCGCUCAACUACGACGCUAAGGCCAACAGCGACUGGGUGACGCCGCUGCAUUCCUUCAUCGUGUACCGCACCCCCGACAUCCAGAAGACAUUCUUCCUACUGCUCUUGCUGGUGGUCAUCGGCGAAUUUUUCAGCGCGCCCGCCAUUACCCUCGCGGACUCUGCCGUCAUCACGCUCCUCGGCGAGGACGCUGACAGGUACGGACACCAGCGCAUGUUUGGUUCGCUGGGUUGGGGGCUGGCCAUGUUCUUCGUGGGUAUCGCACUGGAUCACAGCACGGCCUUCAGCUCGCACCCGUGCGGCGGCCCGCAGCGCUUCGAGAAGAACUACACCAUCUGCUUCGCAACGUUCUCAGUGCUGAUGGGUGCCGCGCUUAUCACCGCCACGCAGAUACGGUUCAAGUACGAGUUCGUGAGCGUGGAGGCGGCGGCGCCGCCCGCGCCCGCCGAGCCCACGCACGAGGAGAAGCUGCAGCAACAGCUGGCGGAGCAGCUGCAGCUGCCGGGGCUGGACACCAGCGCGCCCGCGCCGCGCCAGCCCGUGCUCGAGCAGGCCAAGGUGUUCGCGCAAACGACGCGCGAGAUGCCGGAGUGGGUGACGGUGCUGCGCCAGUUCCAGAACGUGAAGGCGGCCUCGUUCCUGUUCGUAGCCUGGUUCAUGGGCUUCGGCAUCGGUCUCAUCUUCACCUUCCUCUUCUGGCACUUGCAAGAUAUCGGCGGGUCUCCGACACUGUUUGGCGUGGCAUCCGUCAUCAACCACAUCUCAGAGAUAUUCGCCUACUUCUUCAGCUUCAAGUUGAUCACGCAGAUGGGACACGUAAAGGUGCUGUGCCUGGGCCUGGCGGGCAACGUGCUGCGCUUCCUGUACAUCGCGUGGCUGAGCGACCCCUGGUGGGUGCUGCCCUUCGAGUUCGUGCAGGGCGUGACGCACGCCGCCGUGUGGGCCGCGUGCUGCUCGUACAUCGCGCACGGCGCGCCGCCACGCCUGCGCUCGUCGGCGCAGGGCGUGCUGCAGGGCCUGCACCACGGCCUGGGCCGCGGCUGCGGCGCCGUGCUGGGCGGCGUGGCCGUGGCCAAGUGGGGCACCACGCGCACCUUCGCGGGCUACGGCCUGCUGUGCACCGUGGUGCUGGCCGCCUUCGCCUUCGUGAACUUCCGCGGCGAGCCGGAGGCGGCGGGCGGCGCGCCGGACGACGAGGCGCGCGCCGUGGCGGAGGCGGGCGUGCUGGCGCCGCACGGCGUGCCGUCCAACCCGCUGCCGCGCGCGCUGUCGUCCACGCGCCUGGCCGACCUGGCGCACCACGACUCGUACGGCGCCACGCAGAGCUACAGCGGGGCGGAGUCGCUGAGCGUGCCGGGCCAGGCGGCGGCGCCGCGGCCCUCGAACCCGUUCCUGGCGGAGCAGGCGGCGCCGGCCUACAGAUAAGCGCCGCGACGCCGACUCUCCACUGUCCUAUGUACAAAGUCGUUGAGGAGCAGCCCCGCGCCCUCGCCCCUACUCUGUAUAUUGAUAUCGCUGCUUCUGUGUGCUCAGCGCUCUCUCGCUGUAGUCAGUCGGGGUAUCUGUGUGUAUUACUGUAAUUACUGGUAUAUAUGUAUAUUUAUAAGGUGGAACGCGAUGUCAUAUCAAGGUGUGAUGUAGUCGAGGGCAGAGGUAAUUCACUUCUGAAGUAUUAUUUUGUUGAUAAAGUAACAGAUAGAUAUUCUUAUUACGAAGCUAUAUGUAUACAAUUGAAGUUUGUUGUGAGGAUGUGCUCCUGCACCGGUUAUAUAUUUUUGCACAGUCUGUAGCGGGGAGUGCCAACACUUUCCAUUUCAUGUGUAUAAUGAAUAAAUAAAUGUUGAACUAUUCACCA